AUGACAGCCUUGGCACAGGAAUCAGGAUCAGUUCUUCCCAAGGCUAUUCGAAUCACCCCAAGUGUGCAGACUCGGCUGAGCACCUACCAGACUGACCCAGUAGUGCAUCUGAGCAGUUCAUCCUGGCUGCUGUGUGUCCGCAGUAAAGCAGGCAAACUUACACAUGCAUCAGCCAGUAACAAUGAGUUGGUGUUUCACCAAGUUCCACAGCAAAAUAAAGAGCAGAUCGAGUCAAUGUCUGCCAUCAGUAAUAGAACAACAUCCAGAGAAGCCUCAGCGCUGCGCGGGCCGUGCGUGUGGUGCCUGCGCGCCACCGGGUCGCAGCCCUCGGCGGGUGGGGGCCACCGGCCGGAGGAGCUGCCCCGAGCCUUCGACCCGUCGCUGCUGGAGUUCCUGGUGUGUCCUCUCUCCAAGAAGCCGCUCCGAUAUGAAGCAUCAACAAACGAAUUGAUUAAUGAAGACUUGGGAAUAGCCUAUCCAAUCAUUGAUGGGAUUCCUAAUAUGAUACCCCAGGCAGCCAGAACAACACGUGAACAUAAGAAGCAAGAAGAAAUGGAGCAGCACUAAGAUGAUAAUUUAAAAACAAAAA